UUUAGGAACAGUGAAGACAGGAAGCAGAAGAAGAAAUAAUCAAGAAAACUUCCUUGGCUUCAGUAAGUACCUGGCUCAAAAUCAGAAAUAUUUACUUCAGUUUAAACUAGAAAGUUUGUCUUUAAAACAUUAUUUAAUGCUUGGAAUCGUUCAUAUUUGAUUAAAAGACAUAGUUGAAAACUUUCCUUGUUUUUUUGGUGAGGUUUUUGUUUUGUUUUUGGUUUUUUUUUUCGGUUUUUUCCCCUGUAAAACCUCUUCAAGGCUCAAGCAAUGACACCAUCACAAUUGUUAAUUAUUUGGUAAACUGUGACUUCCUUGCAACAGAUGAGUUGUUAGUGACCCUUGUUCCUGUGUCCAUGACUAAUGUGUUACCUGGACUGUUCUGGGGAAAAAAAAAAAAAAAUCCGUGGAUGCUGUUGGUCUGAGUUGGGAACAGAAUGGCUGAGACAGAAGCAUUUUUAGCCGAUGGCAAUCAGGAGUUACUUCCCUGUGAAGUCUGUGGAAGACGCUUUGCAGCAGAUGUUCUGGAAAGACAUGGACCAAUAUGUAGGAAACUCUUCAACAAAAAGCGUAAACCUUUCAAUUCCCUGAAACAAAGAUUACAGGGCACUGACAUUCUCAUUGUGAGAACAGCUCCUCAGUCCAAGCAUCAACCUGUGAGGAGAUCUAACUGGAGACAACAGCAUGAAGAUUUCAUUAAUGCAAUCCGUUCAGCCAAGCAGUCUACACUAGCCGUUAAAGAAGGCCGACCUCUCCCACCUCCACCUCCUCCAUCCAUCAACCCAGAUUAUAUUCAGUGCCCAUACUGUAUGAGGAGGUUUAAUGAAACCGCCGCCAGUCGGCAUAUUAAUUUCUGCAAGGAUCAGUCUUCUCGCCGAGUCUUUGAUCCAGCCCAGACAGCAGCCAAAAUGGCAUCCAGGGUGCAGGCUAGGGCUCAGAUGAGUCCAAAAAAAGAGCCAACUGUAACCAGUGCCGUGAGAGUGUUGCUGCAGAACAGGGCCCUGGGAUCCCCGACUGUGGUCCCAGCUAGGCCAGGUGAGUCGGAGCGAGCGAGUCGGCUAUCGGAUGAGGGACCAGAGGGGAACCGCUGUUGGCUUUGGGAUUUGUUGGCGGUUGAAGAAAGCUGUGACAUACAGUGUCGCUUUUGGGUGUAAAGAUAUGUGGUUUUGUUUGAGGUUAACACUUAUUUGCCAAGAAGGAGCGUUUCCGAAUUUAUCAGGAUUUGAUAACUCUGUUGAUAUACAGAGUCAGAUACGAUUACAACAGGACGGUCUAGAGCCAUCCUUCUCUGGUCUUGUGAAAUUGAAAAGAGGUUAAGAAUGGGAUAUAGCAGUGUGUCAGGUAUGGUGUGGAAAAUAAGAGAAGAAAAUGGAAGAGCCAAGACAUGGCAACAACCUAAGUGCUGCUGGAUGAAGAGUUAAAGACGUUGCAUAUAGACAUGAUGGAAUGUUAUGUAGCCAUAGAAAAGAAGGAAAUUCUGCCUUCUGUGACAACACGGACGGACAUUAAGAUCAUUAUCCUAAGUGAGAUAGUUCGGACAGAGAAAGAUAAAUACCGUGUGAUCACACUGACAUAUGGAAUCUAAAAGAAGUUGAACUCAUAAAAACAGAAGUAGAAUGGUGUUUGUCCUAGGUGAAGGUGGGGUUGGGGAAAUGAUGGCCAAGGGUACAGACUCCCAGUUGUAAGUGCCGGGGAUCUAAUGUAUGGCAUGGGGACUUUUGUUAAAAAUAUUGUGUUAUAUACUUGAAACUUGCUAAGAGAGUAGAUCUUAAAUAGCCUCACCACACACACCCACCAAAAGUAACUAUGUGAGGUGAUGGAUGUGUAAAAAUUUUUUGUGGUAGUUAUUUUGCAAGAUAUAUGUGUAUCAAACCAUCCUGUUGUGCACCUUAAACCUUCACAAUGUUCUAAUCAAUUAUAUCUCAAUAAAGCUGGGAAAGAAAAAAAAAGGGAAAUUUUCCUUGCUAGAACUAAACAAUUUCUUCCAAGUAGCAGAAAGGCAUAACCACCAUUAAAGCACUUCCUAUGUGCUAGAACCAUUUCAUUUUAUCCUCCUAAUAAUCUCCCGAAUGUUUUAAUCUGUGGAAAGGGAAAGAGGCUCGGAGAGGAGAAGUUAUUUGUUCAAGGCACACGACCGGGAAACCUACAUGUGUUCCCCCUCUGCACUGAGCUGCCUUAAUAAAUGUGGCAUUCUUCUUAUGAUCAACAUUACGCUAUGAAGGCAAUGUGAAUUCACUCAUGACCAUAUUGUUGCCUCUGACCAGAAGUCAUAUUUUGAAGAAGUUCUCAGAAUCAGACCAGGAACUGCCAGUCUCAAAGCUUAUAAAGUCGCCACACCAGAAAGCUUUUGUAGUUUUGAAAUUCCUCGUGAGUUGUUUAUCAUGGGCUAAAAAUGGAAUGGGACAUUGGAAAAAGAUUCCCUACAGGCCUGUAAGCCCAAUCCAUUCAUUUUUUUCCUGAUCUGUGAAAACUUAACAAUGGGGUUUUAGUUUUCACUUAGAGAAAAAUAAAUUCAAAUUGUACGUGUGUUUAUUUGGUAAAACUUGCUAUUUUUCUAAAUUAUAGAUUAGUGUCCUUCAGGAGAGACAAAUUCUUUCUAUUAUAGUUUCUUUCCUUAUUUUUUCCAAAGAUUAUAUUGCCUCCCUUCCAGUGAAAGGCCCUCUUUUAAGUUUGAGCUUGAACCUUACUUGCCAGGAGGGAAUAUUUCUAAAUUCAUCAUGAUUAGAGAACUCUGACAAUGUGCAAAGUCCGGUCUGAGUGCAGCAGUGGAGAUAGGGCCUUCAUUCCUUGGUCUAGUAAAUUUGCAAACCGAUUGGGAAUGGUUCGAGAAGACAGUGUGUCAGGAUGAAACAGUGUUGAAAAUAAAGGAAGAGGUUUUUUUGGCUUGGGCUGAGUAAUUUCUUCAAAGUAGCAGCAAGGCGUAAGUGAAAAAGUCCUAAACUACAACUCAGAAGUCUCAUGUCACAGUAUGUGACACAUCCCAUAAUAUGUCUUGGGAUGUGAUAUGUCCCAGCACUUGACACUAGGCAGAAUGUUAUAGACACCAUUCUAAUAUAUCAGAAAAUAGAUUAAUAGCCAGUAGGUCUAAGCAAAAUAGUAUUAUGUUUGCUCUCGACGAGUUAUGGUGGUUUAUGACCACUGUGAUGUGGCUAAGUAAAAGGCACAUUUUUUAACAUGGCUCACACUGGGUUCUAUACCACCACCACCUCUGUGUUCUUUAAAAAAAUUUUUUUUAAUGUUUAUUUAUUUUUGAG